UCCCCCGCCCCGGGAGUGGCGACGGAGGCUGGGCUGAGGUGCUGCGCUGCCUCCGCUCGCAGCCGUAUCGCAGAGCCGCUGUCUCCCGCAGCCCGACAGGCUCGCCACACGCCCGCCGCCGAGGCCCACGGCCGCCGUGCUAUUUGAUCUCGCUCUGAAAGAACGAAGUCAAAAACUGGGCCAGUUGGUGAAGAGGGUUGAUGUGCUGUAGACGCAGGGACAUCAUCGACAGAUCCCUCCUUCAGUGUGAGAAUGUACGAUGGACCCAGAGGAGCAGGAGCUGCUAAGCGAUUACAGAUACAGAAGUUACUCCUCAGUGAUCGAAAAGGCUUUAAGAAACUUCGAGUCCUCCAGUGAAUGGGCGGAUCUUAUAUCUUCACUGGGCAAACUCAACAAGGCCCUCCAGAGCAACCUCAAGUACUCCCUGCUGCCGCGAAGACUCCUCAUCAGCAAGAGGCUGGCGCAGUGUCUGCAUCCCGCCCUGCCCAGUGGCGUGCACCUCAAGGCCCUCGAGACCUACGAGAUCAUCUUUAAGAUUGUGGGGACCAAAUGGCUGGCCAAGGACUUGUUCUUGUACAGCUGUGGCCUGUUUCCCCUGCUGGCCUACGCCGCCAUGUCGGUGCGGCCCGUGCUGCUCGGCCUGUACGAGAAGUACUUCCUCCCGCUGCAGAAGCUGCUCCUGCCCAGUCUCCAGGCCUUCCUCGUGGGCCUGCUGCCCGGCCUGGAAGAGGGCUCCGAGAUCUAUGACAGAACAGAUGCCCUGCUCCUGAGACUGUCUCUGGUGGUGGGCCGGGAGGUGCUCUAUGCCGCCCUGUGGGGCAGCGUCCUGACGAGCCCUUCCAUCCGCCUCCCGGCCUCGUUGUUUGUGGUGAGCCACAUCAGCAGGGACUCGCCGGGCAAGGAGCAGAAGUACAUGCUGGGUACUGACUACCAGCUCGCGGUGAAAUCACUGUGUGCAUCACUGCUAGACUCGAAUGUUCUUGUACAAAGAAAUAACCUGGAAAUCAUUCUGUUUUUCUUCCCAUUUUAUACCUGCCUGGAUCCCGAGGAGAGAGCCAUCCCCCUGCUCAGACGUGAUCUUGUACACAUUCUCUCUGCUGCCACGCAGACCCUACUGAGAAGGGACAUGUCUCUCAACAGAAGACUGUACGCCUGGUUACUAGGUUCAGACAUUAAAGGAAAUACCAUUGUGCCAGAAUCUGUCAUUUCGAAUUCUUAUGAAGACCAGUCCUCAUAUUUUUUUGAUAAAUACUCCAAGGAUCUUUUAGUUGAGGCUCUUGCUGAGAUUCUACAUCAGAAGUUCUCAGACGCUGACGUAGAGGAGCGCCACCAUGCCUACCUGAAGCCUUUCCGAAUCCUCGUCAGUCUGUUGGACAAGCCAGAAAUAGGACCUCAAGUGGUUGAGAAUUUGUUUCUGGAAGUUAUCAGAGCAUUUUAUGCUUAUUGCCAUGAUGUCCUUGGCUCUGACCUUAAACUUAGCUACACUCAGAGUGGGAAUCUGCUAAUAAGCACAAUCAAAGAAAACAGACACGCCUCGGAGAUUGUGAAGACGGUCAAUCUGCUGGUCUCCUCGCUCAGCACGGACUUCCUGUGGGAUUACAUGGCGCGGUGUUUCGAGGCGUGCUUUAGGCCAGCGAAGCAGACUGCGGCUGUUGGAGACGCCGUCGGCCCUCCCCCCAGCGUCUCGGAGCUCUGCACCCUCCUCGUGUUCCUGCUGGAUGUGAUUCCCUUGGAACUGUACUCGGAGGUGCAGACUCAGUACCUCCCACAGCUGCUUGGCUGCCUGCUGCAGCCUCUGGCUGAGGAGGUGGACGCCCUGAGCUUAGUUGAGCUCACACAUGCCUUGAAGACAUGUUUCAAGGUGCUGAGCAAAGUUCAGAUGCCUCCCUCCUACCUAGACAUGGAGUCCACCAGUGGGAACUCGAGUCCAGUAAAAGGAGAAAACAGUGACAUCAUUUUGGAAACAAAGGUUGUAGUUGCAGGUGAUGAGGAGGCUUCCUUCCCCCCACUGAAAUCUGAAGACAGUGGGAUCGGGCUCAGCGCCUCGUCCCCAGAGCUCUCUGAGCACCUAAGGGUGCCCCGGGUGUCUGCUGACAGAGACGACAUUUGGAAGAAGGACGGGAGCAUGCAGAGGACGUUCCUUUGCAUCCAGGAGCUCAUUGCCAACUUCGCCAGCAAGAACAUCUUUGCAGCAUCCCUGGCCGUGUCUGGGGAGGAAAGCAAACCCGAGGAGCCCCCAGGGAAGAGCAGCAAGGGCCAGACACAGAGCGUCAGCCACUCUGGCAGGAAGGGCUCCUGGGAGCCCAAACCCAUCACUGUGCCCCAGUUUAAACAAAUGCUUUCGGACUUGUUCACGGCGCGCGGGUCUCCCUUUAAGACAAAAAGUUCGGAGUCGCCGUCAUCUGUGCCCAGCAGCCCGCGUAGAAAAGCGGAAACCGAGUGGGACAUUGACCAGGUGGUCAUGGAGUUGGUGGGCCCCAAGGAGGACUGCAGGGAGGCCUUCGUGGCCGCCUGCCACCUGCUGCUGGACUGCGCCACCUUCCCCGUCUACCUGUCUGAGGAGGAGACCGAGCAGCUGUGUGACAUGCUCUUCCAGACGCCAGGAGCCGGCGACUGCAGUUUUCCGUCCUGGCUGAAAUCCCUUAUGACCAUUUGCUGCUGCGUGAACGACUGUUCCCUCCAGAACAUCGCCAUCGCCACCCUGCUGGAAGUGAUCAACCACUCGCAGUCCCUGGCGCUCGUCAUCGAGGACAAGAUGAAGCGCUACAAAACCUCUGGGAACAACCCGUUUUUUGGCAAGUUACAGAUGGUGACGGUCCCUCCCAUUGCUCCCGGGAUCCUGAAGGUCAUUGCAGAGAAGACAGACUUCUAUCAGAGGGUGGCUCGUGUGCUCUGGAAUCAGCUGAACAAGGAGACCCGCGAGCAUCACAUCACCUGCGUCGAGCUCUUCUAUCGCCUGCACUGCCUGGCUCCGACGGCCAACAUCUGUGAGGACAUCAUCUGCCAUGCCCUGCUGGACCCUGACAAGGGAACAAGGCUGGAGGCUCUGUUUCGGUUUUCUGUGAUCUGGCACCUGACACGGGAGAUCCAGGGCAGCCGCGUGACGUCGCACAACCGCUCCUUUGACAGGUCCUUGUUUGUCGUCCUGGACAGCCUGGCUUGCACAGACGGGGCCAUCAGUGCCGCAGCCCAGGGCUGGCUGGUGCGCGCACUCUCCCUCGGGGACGUGGCCCGCAUCCUGGAACCCAUGCUCCUGCUGCUGCUCCAGCCCAAAACCCAGAGGACGUCCAUCCACUGCCUCAAGCAGGAGACCUCAGCCGAGGAUUUCCAUCGUUGGUUUAACAGGAAGAAACCCACAUUCAAAGAGGCAUGUGGGGCGUCCGAGCUGCAAGAAGGUGCCUCCGAGGAGCACCUGCCCCUCGGCCAGUUCACCACAGUGGAUCGUGAAGCCAUCUGGGCUGAAGUGGAGAAGGAACCGGAGAAAUGCCCACCGAGAAGCGAUCUGAGCGAGGAAGACACGCCCUACUACAUGGACCUUUCCGACAGGGUGGCCUCUGGCGGCCAGGACAGCAGCGAGCACACGGAGUCGGCCGACACGAGCUCGGGCCACACCGACAGCGAAAACACGUCCACUUUCUCCUCUCCCUCCCACGACCCGCAGGACCUGAGCCACGAGGAGAACUGCUGUGCGCCCAUCCCAGUCGCCGGCAGGGCAUACUCGAAGCGAGCGGCCUUGCUGGCAGCCUUCCAGCCAGAAGGCCUCAAGCCCAGCGCCAAGUUAAGCCUGGUGCGAGCAGACUCGGACAAGACGCAGGCUUCCGAGUCGCUCUCCAGCGACGAGGAGGCCGACGUGGAGCUCCAGGCCCUCACCACAGCCAGGCUGUCGAAGCAGCAGAGGGAGAGGCAGGAGACGCUCGAGGCCUUGUUCAAACACAUCCUGCUCUACCUGCAGCCCUACGACUCCCAGAGGGUCCUCUACGCCUUCUCCGUGCUGGAGGCUGUGCUCAAGACCAACCCCAAGGAGUUCAUCGAGGCCGUGUCCAGGACCGGCAUAGACACCAGCUCCACCGCGCACCUCAACCUCAUCUCCAAUCUCCUGGCACGCCACCAGGAGGCGCUCGUUGGCCAGAGUUUUUACGGCAAGCUGCAGACCCAGGCCCCCAGCGUGUGCCCCCACUCCCUGCUGAUCGAGCUCCUCACCUACCUCUGCCUGAGCUUCCUGCGGUCCUACUACCCUUGCCACCUGAAGGUCUGCCACAGGGACGUCCUCGGCAACCGCGACGUGCAGGUCAAGAGCGUGGAGGUUCUCAUCAGGAUAACCACGCAGCUGGUCUCGGUGGCCAAGUCGUCGGAAGGGAAGAGCGUGGAGUUUAUCCGCAGCCUGCUGCAGAGAUGCAAGGUCCAGGAGUUUGUCCUGCUCUCGCUCUCGGCCUCCAUGUACACCAGCCAGAAGCGCUACGGCCUGGCCACCGCCGACCGGGGCAGGGGCCUGGUGGAGCCGGACGGCCUCUUUGAGGAGAGCCUCAUCAACCUGGGGCAGGACCAGAUCUGGAGCGAGCACCCGCUGCAGAUCGAGCUGCUCAAGCUCCUGCAGGCCCUCAUCGUCCUGGAGCACCACCUGGGCCAGGGUCAGGAGGACGCCCAGAGUCAGCCGGCCCUGUCCCGGGAGUGGCAGAGGGCCCUUAACUUUCAGCAGGCCAUCGGCGCCAUGCAGUACGUGCAGCCCCACCCCCUCACCUCCCAGGGCCUGCUGGUCUCGGCGGUGGUGAGGGGCCUGCAGCCGGCCUAUGGCUAUGGCAUGCACCCCGCCUGGGUGAGCUUGGUCACACACUCCCUGCCUUACUUUGGGAAGUCUCUGGGCUGGACGGUGACCCCCUUUGUUAUCCAGAUUUGCAAAAACCUGGACGAGCUGGUCAAGCAGUAUGAAAGUGAAUCCAUCAAGUUGUCCGUCAGCACAACCUCAAAGAAGGAAAACAUUUCUCCAGAUUACCCGCUCACUCUUCUGGAAGGUCUAACAACCAUUAGCCAUUUUUGUCUUUUGGAACAGCCCACCCAGAACAAAAAGACUGCUGCCAUCAGUGACCCCAUCAACCUGAGGAACGCCAAGAACGCCAUUUUGGAGGAGCUGCCUCGAAUCGUGAACACCAUGGCCCUCAUCUGGAAUGUUCUCAGAAAGGAGGAAAGUCAGAAGAGACCGGUGGAUCUCCUGGGAGCCACAAAAGGAUCCUCCUCCGUUUACUUCAAAACCACCAAGAUCCUAAGACAGAAAAUUUUAGACUUGCUGAACCCCUUGGCGGCCCAUCUCGGGGUUCAGCUGAUGGCCGCAGUGGCUACAGUGUGGAGCAGAAAGCAAGCUCGACGCCACAGCAAGACAAAGAUCGUCCCCGCGGCCAGCGCAUCCCAGCACACCCUUGUCGACCUGGUUUGUGCUCUCAGCACCCUGCAGACAGACUCGGUGCUGCAGCUGGUGAAGGAGGUGGUGAAGAGGCCACUGCAGAUCAAAGGGGAUGAGAAAUCGCCGCUGGUGGACAUUCCUGUGCUGCAGUUCUGCUACGCUUUCAUCCAGAGAGGAGGAGUCACCAAAGUGGAGCCACAGGUAGUGAGACUCUCGGUACCAGACCUGCAGGAGAACUUCCCCUCGCUCUUGGGUGUCCUGAAGGAGUCUGUGCAGCUGAACCUGGCCCCCCCUGGGUAUUUUCUGCUUCUCAGCAUGCUGAAUGACUUUGUAACAAGAACACCCAACCUGGAAAGCAAGAAGGACCAAAAAGACCUCCAGGAAAUCACGCAGAAAAUCCUGGAAGCGGUAGGGACCAUUGCUGGCUCCUCCUUGGAACAAACCAGCUGGCUGAGCAGAAACCUGGAGGUGAGAGCCCAGCCUCAGGUCUCUCUGGAAGAGUCUGAUGCUGAAGACGAUGUUCACGAUGCUGCUGCUGCGGCCUCGGCGAUGGUGUCCGCUUCUGCUCCCUCCGUGUACAGCGUGCAGGCGCUCUCCCUCUUGGCAGAGGUUCUGGCUUCUCUCCUGGACAUGGUGUAUCGAAGUGACGAGAAAGAGAAGGCCGUACCACUCAUCUCCCGUUUGCUCUACUACGUGUUUCCCUACCUGCGCAAUCACAGUGCCUACAACGCUCCCAGCUUCCGAGCCGGCGCCCAGCUGCUGAGCUCCCUGAGCGGCUAUGCCUAUACCAAACGGGCGUGGAAGAAGGAAGUGCUGGAACUGUAUCUGGACCCCACUUUCUUUCAGAUGGAUACUUCCUGCGUUCACUGGAAAUCCAUUAUAGACCAUCUUCUGACUCAUGAGAAAACAAUGUUUAAGGAUUUAAUGAAUAUGCAGAGCAGCUCCUUAAAGCUCUUCUCCAGUGUGGAGCAGAAGGCCAUGCUGCUGAAGCGCCAGGCUUUUGCUGUCUUCAGUGGCGAGCUUGACCAGUACCACCUGUACCUUCCUCUGAUACAAGAGCGCCUGACAGACAACCUCCGAGUCGGACAGACAUCCACAGUCGCUGCUCAGAUGUUUCUUUUUUUCAGAGUUCUGCUGCUAAGAAUAUCUCCUCAGCAUCUGACCUCACUGUGGCCAAUCAUGGUCUCUGAGCUGAUCCAGACAUUCAUACAACUUGAAGAAGAUCUGAAAGAGGAAGAUGAAUCGUUGAGAAACAGCAACAAAAACAGAAUAAAAGUCCCAGUUGCCGAUGGGAACGGGCCUUCGGGCGGGGCUGUGUCCCCCAGUGAUCUCAUCAUGUACCUCUCUGCUUGCAAAUUCCUGGACACGGCGCUCUCCUUCCCACCUGACAAGAUGCCAUUGUUUCAGAUUUAUAGAUGGGCGUUUGUUCCAGAAGUGGACACUGAGCACCCUGCCUUCCUGUCAGAGCUAGAAGAGAAUCACCAAGAAUGCAGACCUCACACUGUCAGGAUUCUAGAACUUCUAAAGUCAAAAUACGGGGAAAUUGGCAGCUCGGAUGAGAUCACCAGGGAGAGUGAGUUUCCCCUUCUGCGCCAACAUUCCGUAUCCAGCGUCAGGCAACUGAUGCCGUUCUUCAAGACGUUAAACUGUGCUUUCAAAACCCAAAGCCAACUGCCCUCCGAUGCUCCGGGAAGCUCUGUGCCGGAGUUCCCUGUCACGGAGAGCCCCAGGGUCUUACAGCAGCUGGAGGAGUGUGUGGAGCAUGACUUCCUGGAACAUCCAGAGUGUUAGCGCCCCAGGAGGGCCUCUUCAUGCUUCUCUCUGUCCCUGAAGAGGACAGGAUAUUCUGGGAAGAAGGGAGCUGAGGAUUUGAAUGAACUCUGCCACAGCCCUGAAAGUCCAGUCAGGUAUUUUCUGUCCAGCCGCCAAACACGCCUCCCUUAAAUGCCUUGUAAUAUAUUUCAGUCUCUCUGUUUCUUCCUCACUUUAUGUAAUGGAAAUAAAAUUAAUAUAUAAUCUAACCACA